AUGUCUGAAAAACGGUUGAAACUCGCGGCCCAAGGAUUACGUAAAACUGCUAUAAGUCUACAAGCUGCUGUUGUAAGCCUUCUACAAGCUGCAGAAGCUCUUACCUCUGAAACCGACGACAGCUUGGUAGAUAAUAACCCGUUAGACAUUAAUCUUCAGGAUCUCUUGAAAGGUAAUAUUAAUGGGGCUCUUAGUAAAUUGUUUGGUGAUGCUCUCAAUAACGAAGGCGAAACGCUAGACAAAGAUCAAAAGGCUCAACAAAAUGACAAACAGCCAGCAAAUGGGGUCAAGAGAUCUACACGUAAACCAAGACCGCCUCGUGACCCUAACGCACCUACGAAACCUCAGAACGCUUUCAUAUUGUUUCAAAAAGACGUUGCGAAUUCGGUAAAGGCGGAAAAUCAGGGUAAACCUUGGUCAGAAAUAGUAUAUGAACAUCAAUAUGAAGCAGCUAAACAACGCUUCGAAAUCGAAUAUAAGGCUUAUAUGGAAACUAAAGAUCAAGAAACUGCCUCACCGGCGGCUGAUGUUAACGGCCACGAAGAAAGUAAUAAUACGUCUAGUUCUACUACACCAAAUUCGACGCCAACCACACCCCCUAGUAGUGAUGAUGAUGAUGAAACUAACCUUCCAACAAAAACCCGCUCUGCCCACGAAGUAGAAGAAAAUGAAAAAUCUACUAAAAGAUCAAAGAAAAGGACCUCAAACGAUGAAGAACACAGAAAAAUCAAGAAACACUCACGGGAUGAAAAAAGCAAAGAAGAUUUUGACGUAGGCGAAGAGAUUAAAUAUGAAAGAGAAGAUGGAGUUGGUGAUGAAUUCGAAUCGUCAUCUAAAACGUCGAAAAAUAAGAAGAGGAACAAAAAGACCAAGAAAAUUUAG